CACUAUGAGUUUUUAUUUUUUAUUUUUUAUUUUUGAAGGAAAUUUCUGGCGGCUCCAAACGGAAAGAAAUGAAUCAUUUCUCAUUUACCUUGCGAGAAACGAAACCGCGAAGAAGAAAAUAAAUAAAUAAACCACAAAAAUCAACGUUUCUCACAGAGACAAAAGCACAAACACUUUCUGAGCAUAGUAGAGAAAAGGAGAGAAAAUGGUGCUAUGGGAGAUUACAUUAGGGACGGCGUAUUUUCUGGGUCUGAAGCGCACAUACAGAUUGGCUCUGAGAAUUCAGCGACGCCUCAUAAGCCCCAAACAUCCUAGGAUCCGUCAAUUUCUUCAUAGACGAACUCGUGUUGUGUUUGAUGUGGCACUCAAGGUUCACUACAAAGUACAGCAAAGGGAUAUAGAAGUCGGUCGAAAUCUUGGAAACUGGAUUUUACGAUGGCUUGAUCAAAUGAAGCCAUCGGCUCAGAUCCGGGGUCCUCCACCAUGUUCUAAUGGUGCUAGCUCGAACAUGAGCAUGACAAAGCAGGUAUCGAGCUCCACCCAACUGAAAAGUCCGGGGAACCCCCAAACAUCAAGAGAACAGGAAUCUGAUAGGCAUCUAUUUACGUCUUACAAAAAUGUUUGGCCUAAACCAUUCUCCGGCAUCUCUGUGAUGCGAAUGCCAAAGCCUAUUGGUACUUCUUUGACACAGUAUAGGCACUUGUGUGUCAAUGGGGUUGGAGCAUUAGGAUCAGAUUACACCAAAAGUAGGUUUGAGGGAGUUAUUCGGAAAGAUAUAAUGCAGUGGAUGCAACAAAGCUGACUGGGAAAGAUGUUGUCGUUGUUGUUGUUUUGUUGCUUUUUUUUUUGUGGGGAUUUUAUAUCUUUAUGGAAUAAGAGAGGUGAGAUCAAACCAUUUUGAGGUUUUGGGAUGUUCCUUUGAUGCAAUACAGUGGAGCUGAGUGCUCAGACUCUUAAAGACGACUAGCUGGUUCUUUGUUUUCACACGGAUUGUUAUCUUACUCUAUGUGGUUUCUUGUUUCUGGAGAAGUUUCUGAUUUUGGUGGAAAAAGGGAGGUAUUUCUGGUUAAAUGUGUACUUAUGUUUUUAUUUUGUUUUUCUACUUCUUAUUUAUUUUUCUAAAAGGGGGAAAACAUGUUGAAAAUGAUAGUUAUGUAAUCUUGUUCACUCUAAUUGUUGGAUAA